UAUUAGUGACUGUGUUUUACCCAAAAAAAUAAUACAUUUAUUUUAUAUCGCCGAGUAUAGUCGGUUGAUUCCAUAAACAUUUCCUGCUGAGUUGCUCAAAAAAGAAUCCAAACUGUUUGAUAACGGCUUGAAGUUGGAUAUUUCCAGCUAUACCCACAUGAACAUACGCAUAGGCACAAAGGGCAAGCGGCCGUUGCGUAGCUUGACCCCCCGCGACAAAAUUCAUGCGAUACAGCGCAUCCACGAUGGUGAAUCCAAAGCCUCGGUGGCCAGGGAUAUAGGUGUGCCCGAGUCAACUCUACGCGGUUGGUGCAAGAACGAGGACAAGCUACGGUUUAUGUCCCGCCAAUCGGCAGCCGACAAGAUGUGUGCCGAUUCGCUGGUGGAUAAGCUGGAUGGCUCCAGCAGCUUGUUAGGGCCACCCGAAAAGCGCCAACGUUUAGAAAACACCCUGCCUCUAAAUUUUUCUAAUAAAAUGAAUUUCGACGAGCUUGCUUUCAAGCGAUCGCCCCUUAAUGGUUUGGACUAUAGUACAAAUAAAAGUCUAUCAGAAAUGAACUACAACGGACUACCAGUUGAUUAUGUGGGAUUUAACGGAGCGAUCAAAAACAAAGUUUUUGGCGCAGAUAUAUCCCGCUCCGGACCUUCUGAUCCGUCGCUAAACGCCAUAAGCCCUCUAUCGAGUCUCACACAUCUGUCUGGUCUCACUGGCAUAUCGCAAUCCCCGCUAGCAAUCAGUUUCAAUGAGCUGACCUCAAACCUUAAUCUGCUGGCUCAGCUAAACCCCGGCUUGGCAGCUAUGUCAGGAUUAAACAAUUUUGCAGCAACAGCCAACACAUUACGCAACCCAAAGCCGAGUGCCCAGCCGCAGCAACAAGUACAGAGCCCACACAGCGACAACGGCGAGCGGGAACGCACUCCAGCGCUAUCCGUCAAGAAUUGGGCAAAGCAGAAGCCAUCAGGGACGCCCUCCGCAACUGGAGACUGUGACAUGAAAAACGGCAACAUGAAGAGUCCCAGUCCCAAGCUUGCUCCUUCACUCGUUGGCUGUGUUGCGCCGUUGUCAGGUCUGCCCGACGAUCCUCUGCUCUACUGGCUUAAGUCGCAGCAAGCAAUGCUGGGACUGAACAGUCUGUAUCCACCACCUCCGGUAGCAUUAGGUGUUACAAGUCCACCAAUUCGCUCCUCAACACCACAGCAGAUGAAUCAAUAUUCUAAUACUCCACCAGUUCCAUCCACCCCAUUGGCUCCCGCAUCACCGGCUCUCGGAAGCUUGGAUGACAAGAGCUCGGCAUGGUAUAACUGGUGCAAAGCGUUUGGCGCCAGUCUGCACUCACUCAACCCGAAUGCGGCAACACUGGCAGCGUUGCAAGCGAACUCACUACAACAUCAAGCAGCAUCGACUACCGCAGAGACCACGAAUAUGGAGGAUAUCGUUAAGCAGCCGUUUGACAACAUUUUAUACUCGCAAUUAACAAAAGAAACUGGAUCGCCGUCGGUACGGAGCCUCUCGUCUAACGAUCAUAAUCAAACUGAACAAAACGAGGCGGCCACAGAUCUAGAGGUAGCGCCUGAAGUCUCCGGCAAACCAGAGGACUUGUCGGCCAAAUCUGUCAAGUCAGCGAGCUCUUCCACAAGUCCGACCAUGGCCUCUCCGAAUCGCGUUGCCAAUAGUCGUGAUCACAGCCCUGAGCCGAGCACUGGAGUAAACAGUCAAUCGGCGAUAAAUCCUUGUAGCACAGAGUUGAACAGCACCCCAGGCAGUGUUGGUGAGGAUUGCAAAAAUGUUCUCAGCAACAUCAUCUACAAGAUCGGCAACAUUGCAAACACAGACACAUCCCAACAUCCCCCCACGCCUGUUAGCCCUGAGCUGGGCUGUGACUCAGAAACAAGCUUCAACAGUGAUACGCAUCCUCACAAUAAUAAUGACGUCAGUGCCAGUAACAAUAACAACAAUUCCAAUAAGACCGACGAGGAAGAGCGCGCCAAGUACGUGGAUUAUGCAGCCGAAAUCGAAGAAGUAGUAGCUAUUAGACACGGCGAAAAGUUCCUGCAGUGGCUCGAGAACUGUAGCAAUCCACGCGUCACAGCCGUUCAACUGAUGCAACUCAGAUUCCUGAUCGCAGCUAUUAAGUCGAGCAGUGAUACGCAGGGCGCGUCUAGGUCCGCUGACAAUUGCCACAAUGAAAAUGAAGACAAUUCUCAUGAGGAUACAAGCAGAAACAAGUCCCGUCGUCGUAAAUAGGAUAAGCCGAAGUUGGCACCUUUGGAGCCAGCCACGGAUAUUGCUUCAACGGCGAUGGGGCAGCAGAAAGACAUCGACACCGAAGGACAGAGCUGCAGCUUAACAGACUUGAGCUCACACCCAGAUCUGAGCUGUGCAAUUGGCGUUGAACCGCUCAAUUCACUACCAAGCAGGUGCCAGCAGUUCGCUCCAGCUGUCUACCAAUCAUCAGCUACCCUUCUCAGCUCACUGAUAUUUCCUCCCUACGAAUUUGUACACUGUGACCUCGAUGACGACCCAGACGACUGUCAAAUAACGGGCGAAUACCAACAAUCGGAUGAACUCAGUUCCAGUAGUGACGAAACUGUACAGAAAGACUUAGAAUAACUAAUUUCUU